GCUCUGAGCAUGGGUCUGGGCGCUUCUCCAGAACAUAAAGAGUGACCUGGGGAAUCUCUGUUGUGGUAGUACAGGUGGGAGACUAGAUCCCUUCCUUUAUUUCUCUAUUCCAAUUUCUUCUUCCUCCGUUCUUCACAAGCAUGGGGGCUACUGUGUUUUGGCUUCUCUUCUUCGCAGUCUGGGGAAAUGGCGCUGUUCUGGUCGGACGCAGAGUUUGCCUCUGAGCACCCAGAACUCCUCCAGGACCCGACUUAUGUUGCUUCUGAGGAGCUUCCUCCAAUCACAUCCGAUGAUCCAACAGUUACGUCAAUCUCUGUGGAGGACUUAAUCCCAACCGCUGCAUCCGAGGACCCAUCACCAACGCUUCUGGAUCCAGAGGAAUUCCCCGCCCCAGAGUCUACUUUGUCCGGCUCUCCAAGUAUAUUUGCAACCCAAGAGCUGCCGUCGCCGACAGCGACCGACUUGCUGAUACCAACAAGCAGUCCUGGCAGCUCUCUCCAGUCUGUCGUCGUCACUGCAAGUGCAACUACGAAGACAUACUUCUUCGGUGAACUUGAUGAACCGACCCGCACCGCAACUUCAGCUGUACCUUCAGCAACGGUCGAUUGGAACAGUCUGUUCAAAUCAUAUAACUGUGGGCCAGUUCGGCGGCCUGGUACUACUGGAGGUAACCAAUGUAGUAAUUUCUCUGGGCCGCGACCGAAAGUGGUUGACUGGAGAGAUCGCUGGGGUGUUAACUGGCUGGCAACGGUCCAGGACCAAGGGUCAUGCGGCAGCUGCUGGGCGUUCGCGGCCACCGGUGUGACGGAGACUAUUGCCCGCAUCCAGCACGGCGUCUGGAACAAGCGCAGUGAGGGUGAGCUUAAGGAAGCUAGCGGCACCCAUUGCAGCGGCUGGAAAGCCAAAUUCGCUCUGGAAUGGAUUCAACAAGACACCCACGGUCACUGCGACUACACUUGCGAUCCUUACGAGCCUUUCUUCGCACCGUAUGCUACUUGCGCUGAUCGUCCCGGACGCGCUCUGGAAAUAUACCAGGUUUACGAGCUCAAGGACAUUGAGGAGCAAAAGCGCUGGUUAUGGCAGGUUGGGCCGCUGGCAGGUGGAAUUGAUGCUUACGGAAACUUCGGAUCUUGGAAGCCAAGCAUGGGUGUCUAUAAUUACGACCCUGCACCGGGCGAGGGGUGGGGAGGACACGCCAUGCUCAUAGUAGGCUAUGAUGACAACCGCAGUUGUUGGAUCGUGCGGAAUUCAUGGGGUGAUGACUUCGGGGACGCUGGAUACAUUUACAUUGGGUACGGAAAAGUCGCAAUCGACGAUGAUCGACGCCCAAAGUACGGAGUCACCAACAUUUCUCCAGACCCAAGAGCGCGCCGGCGCCACGCAAACGGCAACAUCAUACAGACCGGUGAUGGCAGUACUCAUCGCGAUAUCGAGGUCUUGCGCCGCACCAGGAACGGAAGCAUAGCACAUCUCGUUCGCCAGGCCGAGGAGCCAUACUCGUGGACCAAACAAGAGACCAUCUACGUAAAGGACCACAAGCAUUGGUGGUGGUGGCCCUUUGGCCGGUGGAGAACCUCGGUGAAGGGCCAGCCGGGAUUCGUCGAAACGAGCUUCGCGCGAAGAAAGGAGAUGGUGUAUUGGGACGAUUCUCACGAUGUUUACGCGCAUUGGGCUUACAAUGAAGUAAAUGGAUCCUGGAUUCCUAUGCAUGAUGUCACGGGAAACAGGCGCAAUGGCCAGAUCCGCGGCUACCCUGGGUUUAUUGAAACGGACGAUUCCGGCUUCAUGGUCGCGGGGCGGGUUAAGAAUGGCCUUGCAGAGUUCAAACAACCCGCUACCGCAGACCGGCUUGAGUUGACACAGAUGAUAACCACCGACAACAUCAAACAAUCCGGGCCUUCCCUCGUACAAUCUAACAUCGGCAACGAUGUGUACGAUUCUACCACAUCUGGCAAUCUGUACGUCGUUGCCGUCACGAAGGAUGGCUCUCUCCAAAUGUUUUGGCGACGCUGGGGCGAGAAGGGCUGGAGAGUGGGCGAGAAGUUUGCCGCAGGCUACAAUAUUGGCAAGACGCCGCCAGUCAUGAUUCAAGACUUCUGGGCCAAGGACGAGAAUGCCUUCGGGGGUUUCCAGUUGCUCGUCGCGCAUAACGGCCAUGUCGACCACUUCCAGCGCCUCAACGACGAUAUUGUGCAGAAUCCACCGGUUGCAGGGGUCAAGGGGAAGUGGAAGCUGGUGCAUUCGUUCGCAUACGGGAAGAAGAUUAAACACGUCUGGGGCUUGGCGCAGGGUAGCUUCAACCAUGCGUUGGAAGCUAUCGUCGAGGAUGAUAGGGGUGACUUGUGGCACUGGGAGUAUACUGGGAGCUGGAAGCAGGUUGCGAAGCUGCCUUAGACUUGCGCGGUCAUGGCAGCGUUUGUAAGUCGCGCGUACUUUUAUUUCCUCGUCUCUCCUUGACUUGCUCACAUCGCUCGAUUUUUUAGAUUCAUCUCUUUGCGAUACUUUGUUCUUUAGUCAUUUGUAAUUUUGUAUUCCAUUUCCUACGGAACCC